CAUAAAUUAGCCUACACUAGAGGCAAACUGUCCCGUUGUCUUGCUAGACAAAUUAAACACCAAAUAAAGUGAAACCACACUGAAAUGAAAAGGCCGCAAAACGCAGUGGACAAUUAUGAAAUCAAGAUCACUUUUAAAGUAAGUUUUAAAAAAAAAAAAAAAAAAAACAACUUUCUAGUUAAUGGUUAAUUAACCAUUUUUAAAUGACAUAACUACUAUAUAUGCUUUUACAGAACUUGAUGGAAAUGGUAAAAUAGUUUAAUACGUUCUCAUUCCUUUUCCCAAUUUCUUAGUGCUCUUGCUAUUGAAUUUUUUUUAACUUACUUCCAUUGCAGCUUUAUGUGGUUUGAAAAUGUUCUUAUACCGACUGUAGGCUACUAUAAAAAAUGAUUACUUACAGUAAGUAUCACAGCAGUUUUGUUAAGCACGGGAAGCGUAGUCUGUGUCACUACACUGAAAAGUCCUUAGUAUUAAUGUUGUGGUUUUUAUUUAAAGUACGCAGACAAACAACUUGCUGGGGUGUUGAGGGGAAUUCCCUUUUUUUCCUUUUAACCACGUGCCUCGUUGAAAUGAGUACAGUAGUGUUUUGGUAAAUUACUGUACAUGGCCUAAUAGAUUUCUCGCAGAGCUCAUCAGUAUCAGAUAUCUCUCGUGGCUGAGACAGAUCACAAGGGCACAGUCACACACUCGCGCAUACACUGAAGCCUUUAAUUUGUCAUCAGCUACUAUUCAAGAAAUACAUGAGAAUAUCCAACUCCUUUUUAAGAUGCCUUCUGUGUGACAACUUCCCUUUAGUAUAAUUCCAUGUAAUAAUAGCGACGUACAACUAACAACCAAAUUGUUGAAAGAAGUUUAGACUGUAAUUUGAUUUUAAUAAGAGCCUAUAAGUGCGCAGUCGGCCCAACCAGCACUGGUCCCUUUGUGUGGCGGGAGGUUCAGGUGUGUGUUUCUCCCCGCUGACUGAGAGACAAGAGCAGACAAGUUCAGUCACCCAUCAACACACCUCAGACCCACACUCAGGGGACAAGGCACGAUUUGGGAACAGUAGCCAUGCCGCAAUGUUGCGUAAAUACUAUACAAGUCACCACACGCAGCUGCCAAUUAACUCCUGGCCUGUGGCAGAAUUAUCCCUUGCAGCUGACCUGCGUGCAGACUAAUAAACUGAUGUAUUUACAGGAGAAAAGAGAGCGCGAGAACAGAGGGAAACCAAAUGAAAUGAUGGGAUGUUUCUUCGAAUUUAUUUGACAUAGAAGUGUUUGUUGGUGCAUACUUUGUGCUCUUGGAGGGAGACAAAACCAGUGUAACCAUGGUUUUGAACCACACUUACACCAUUAAUGAGAGAAUUAUGCUAUGGUAUUUACUAAAAAUAAACAAAGUCCUUCUUGUCUAUGUUUCACAUGGCAUAAAGAUCAGUAGGCUAUGCCCUCCUCUUCAUUUUGCACAGUUGAAUCUGUUCUCAGGUUGCCUCGUGCUGCACAUCUCCCUUGAGGGUAUAUUAGACACCUGUCACACUUUGCUGUUGCCUUUCCUCGUCUGCCACAGCGAGAGCUCUCCCGUCUCCUUUCUGCGUCUACAUAGCAUGGAAAUCGGUCGUUUUUUGCUUGUGCUAUGUGCCUUCUUCUAUUUUGACAGAUCUGUUUCAGCAGAGUCCACAUGCAAGCUGAAGGCCAAGUUCAACCUGAGCGGCUACAAGAAUGUAGAGAAGAAGAAGGUCGUUGUUGGCGGGAUGUUUCCUGUUCACAACCGUGUCGCUUCCACUGAUGGCAAUACUUCAAGGGUGCCCGUCUCUUCGGGUUGUGAGGGGUUUAACUUCCGUACCUUCCGCUGGACCCAGACCAUGCUGUUUGCCAUCAACGAAAUUAACAAUAGGAACGACCUGCUGCCCAACACCGACCUGGGAUAUGUCAUCUAUGACUCCUGUUUCACCAUCUCCAAGGCUGUGGAGGGCACCCUCACCUACCUGACGGGCCAAGACGAGGCCGUACCCAACUACCGCUGCGGGACAGGGCCUCCGCUGGCUGCUCUAGUGGGUGCUGGGGGCUCCGAUCUGUCCAUUGCCACUGCGCGGAUUCUUGGACUUUAUCACUUCCCACAGGUCAGCUAUUGUUCAACUUGCUCCGCCCUGGAAAGCAAGUUCCAGUUCCCCACCUUCCUGAGGACCAUUCCCAAUGACAAGCACCAGUCUACAGCUAUGGCUCAGCUGGUGCUACACUUUGGCUGGACCUGGGUGGGCACCCUGGCUGCCAAUGAUGAUUACGGCAAGUAUGGCAUCAAAAGCUUCAAGGAGCAGGUGGAGGAAGCUGGCGUCUGCAUCUCAUUCUCGGAGACGCUGCCCAAGGUGAACAGUUCAUCCUUUCGGUCUGUAUUUCUCUAUCCCACCUCUUGUUCUGCAUCACAGUUAAUUUCUGUUGGAAAAAUUAAUAUUGUGUUCAAACAACUUAAGGUGAGUUCCCCAAAGGACAUCCAGCGUAUCGUUCAAACUGUAGUUGAGUCCACGGCCAAGAUCAUUGUGGUCUUCUCAUCAGACGUGGACCUCAGUCCUCUUAUCUAUGAGCUGCUCAGGCACAAUGUGACCAACCGCACCUGGAUCGCCAGCGAGGCCUGGGUCACCUCCAGUCUCAUCAACCAGCCUGGGGUGAGCUCACUUCUGGGUGGCACCUUGGGCUUUGGGGUAAAAAGAGCCACCAUUCCUGGUCUUCAGCGCCAUCUACUGGAUCUGGACCCCUAUGAUGACCCACUCACUGAGGAAUUCUGGGAGACGGUGUUUAACUGCACAUUGGACUAUGGCAAAGCUUUGAGGCAGGCCAAACUGACGGCCAAGGAGGUUAACGGCACGCUCUCCAGGGCAGUCAAGGGGGUCCCUGAUGGGCUGUGUAGAGGAACUGAGUCUCUGGCACAGCUCAAUAACACCUACUCUGAUGUCUCCCAGUUACGAAUCACUUACAGUGUGUACAAAGCUGUGUACGCUGUGGCCCACGCCUUGCACAACCUGGAGCACUGUGAGCAGGGACAGGGGCCAUUCAACGGGAAAGACUGUGCUGACAUAACAAACUUUGAGCCAUGGCAGCUGAUGUACUACAUGAAGAACGUGCGUUUCAAAGUGCCGCACACGGGCGAAGAGAUCUACUUUGAUGAAGGGGAUGUAGAGGGCUUCUAUGACAUUUUAAACUGGCAGUUCAAUAGUAACGGGGAGAUAUCCUACAUCACUGUGGGACACUACAAUGGCUCGGCAGCCCCAGAAGACAGGAUGAAAUUAAUGAAUGACUCCAUUGUGUGGAACAAUGAAGUGUUGGAGCCUCCUCGGUCAGUGUGCAGUGAGAACUGCCAGCCGGGCACCAGGAAGGGGAUCCGGCAGGGAGAGCCAGUCUGCUGCUUUGACUGUAUCCCGUGUGCCGAUGGAGAGAUCAGCAACACAACUAAUGCUCGCGAAUGUAUCCUGUGCAGUGAAGACGACUGGUCCAAUGAUGCUCAUGAUACCUGUGUACCAAAAAUCAUUGAGUUCUUGGCCUUUGGAGAGCCACUGGGGAUCACUCUCAUCAUCAUCUCAGCCAUCGGAGCUCUUCUCACCAUUGCUGUUGCGGUGGUGUUUGUUGUGCACAUUGGCACCCCUCUGGUGAAAGCCAAUGAUGCUCUGUUGAGUUUCUCGCUGCUCUUCUCACUGCUGGUGACCUUCCUCAGCUCCAUCGUCUUCCUUGGAGAGCCUCAGAACUGGAGCUGCAUGACCAGCCAAGUAGCCCUGGCUCUGGGCUUUGCUCUCUGCCUUUCCUCUAUCAUGGGUAAGGCUGCAGUGUUGAUGAUGAGAGCUCAGGCUCUGAAAGCAGCCCGUGUCAGAAACAAAGCAGCUGCUAAAGCUGCAAAGGCUGCAGCUGAAGCAGCAGCUAGCAGUGGCAACCCUGAUGUCAUUGUAACCAACACAAAUAACAACAAUGACGCCACUGUUUGUGAAGUUGACAUGCUCACGUGUGCACAACAGAGGGCGAUAGCUGCUGCUGCAACAUUAAUACAGGCUAUAGCGUGCACAGUGUGGCUCAUCAUCAUUCCUCCGCACCCAUUCAAGAACACCUCUGCACAGAAUAUUAAGAUUAUCCUUGAGUGUGAUGAAGGCUCUGUGGUUUUCAUCUGUUGUAUCUUUGGCUAUGACAUCCUGCUGGCUCUUCUGGCCUUCAUCUUUGCCUUCAUAGCCCGCAAACUGGAGGACCACUUAAGUGAGGCGAAGUGUGUGACCUUCGGCAUGCUGGUCUUCUUCAUCGUGUGGAUCUCCUUUGUCCCGGCUUACCUCAGCACACGUGGCAAGUUCAUGGUUGCCGUCCAGAUUUUUGCCAUCCUGGCUUCCAGCUUUGGCCUGCUGACCUGCAUCUUCCUGCCCAAGUGUUACGUCCUUUUGGUCAAACCUGAACGCAACACAGAGGAGAUGAUGAGGCCCCGCGCCAAACUGCGGGAUGGGACCUCGACUGGGACCUUAGCCUCAUUCACUACAGCUGCUACUGACGUCAAUAAUACGAUUGCAUCCACUGCUAUUGAUGAUUAGUGGAGCAGUCCUAAGAACUAAAUCCAUCCACAAUACUGAAACCAUAAAAUAAUGUAGAUGGCAGAUGUGCCUCUGCUAUAUUGGGCUACUGGUCCAGUUGAUUAGGAUUCCUAGUCUUGCUAUUCACAUUUAUUUUAUAAUCACCUUGUUUGGUCUAUAAAUAAUAGACAGGCGAUUUCUGUAUAUUAUUUACAAAAUAUUUUUAUUUACACUGAUCAAAUGUGUGUCAAGUUAAGUGUACCUUCAGAUGCAUUAGAGCUGAAUGCAAUAAGCAAAUACAUGAGGGAAGAAAUCUGCUACCUCUUUUUUUGAUUACUAAAUGUCUCAAAAAUGCAUUUUCAAAAACAUUACUAUUUCAGAAAAUAAAACUGGUGAUCUUUUGACUUUACCCACUUUACUAGAUGUAUGUAAGUCCUGCUAACAGAUAUUUAAACAAGGUCAGACGCUGCUGUUGUUUCAGUUGUGGUAGUGGAAUUAAAAUUAAGGCAACAUUUACCUCAGAUUUUGUCCUGUUGUAUAUCUAGUGGCAAAUCAAUUUCAAACACAUCUGGCAAUUUUUUAAAUUCAAGCCCAUUAGCUGAUGUUGUUCCAAUCAAAAUGUUUACACUAACAUCUCAAUGUGAUACAAAUUAAUGCAACUCCGUUAGCAUAAUACAUUUCCUCAAAAUAUAAUAAAUGUUAUUUUCAGUCACUAUAA